UACGCCGCACGCAUAUACGCUGCCUUCCCCCCAUUCUGCUCUCCGCUUAGCUACCUGGAAAGUGAAAACGGGAAAGAAAAACUGCGUCGAUUGAGGCAACGAAGAAGAUAAUUGAAUUGGAUACUCGAACUAUAAUUUUGGGAUUGAGCGAGAAUUCAAAUUGCCGAUUACAAUUAGAAUGGAAGUGCAGCUUAAUAACCCAAAGAACAAGUACAGUAUCAUCGUUCCUACUUAUAAUGAACGCCUGAACAUCGCUCUCAUCGUCUACCUUAUUUUCAAGCACCUCCAGGACAUCGAUUUUGAAAUUAUAGUUGUGGAUGACGGAAGCCCUGAUGGCACCCAGGAUAUCGUAAAACAGUUGCAGAAAGUUUAUGGAGAAGAUCGGAUUCUAUUAAGAGCUAGACCUAGUAAGCUGGGUUUAGGAACGGCUUACAUUCAUGGAUUGAAGCACGCAUCUGGAAAUUUUGUUGUCAUCAUGGAUGCUGAUCUAUCACAUCAUCCAAAAUACUUGCCCAGCUUCAUCAGAAAGCAGUCAGAAACUAGUGCUGAUAUAGUCACCGGAACCCGUUAUGUUAAGGGCGGCGGUGUGCAUGGAUGGAAUCUGAUGCGCAAAUUAACAAGCAGAGGAGCAAAUGUUCUUGCACAAACAUUUUUAUGGCCUGGUGUUUCUGAUCUGACAGGAUCUUUUAGACUUUACAGGAAAUCAGUGCUUGAAGAUAUUAUUAGUUGCUGUGUUAGUAAGGGAUAUGUCUUUCAAAUGGAGAUGAUUGUCCGUGCUUCUAGAAAACGGUACAAGAUUAAAGAGGUUCCAAUUACUUUCGUUGAUAGAGUAUAUGGGAGUUCGAAGCUUGGUGGAUCAGAGAUCGUUGAAUAUCUAAAGGGCCUUGCCUAUCUAUUAGUCACCACAUAGAAACGAUAACUCCUCGCACAUUCUUUCCUGUGCUUUGCAGAAUUUGGAUGUAGAUUUUGCAAUUCUGAUUUCUUUUUCCGAGAGAUACAAGAUUCAUUGAUGGAACCAUUUUGACUUUUCUGUUGGAUCUAGAAAAACUAUUUUCGUGAUUCCUUCGUUAAUUAUUGAUCUAUUGUGUUAA